AUGACGCAGUGGGGCAAGGUCGUGGCCAUCAACAGCCUGACAGCUGCUGGGACAACGCCGCUGGAGAUUGAGGUUGAUGACUUGCCCCCCCUGCCUGCGGAGCGGAACCUCGCAGAAGGCAUCAAGAUCCUCUAUCAAACCUGCCAGCUGUAUGACCUCAACUUGGUUGUUGGCACUACCCGUCUGCCUGCUCACAAGGUGGUUCUGGCAUCCAUGAGUCGGGCAUGCUGCGAGCAGGUGCAGAAGGCUGUGAAAGAAUUCCAGCAGCAGCGUCAGCCUGCGUCACCCUCCAACACCAGCAGUGACACCGAGAAAGCUGAGAAGGCACCGCCAUCGGGUUCAGAUGCUGAACCAGAAGAGAAGGCUGUCGAGGUCCACCAGGAAGCAGCCACCACGUCGUCCGUUGAGGAGGUGCCAGCGACGUCGCCGCCGAUCUACAGCAACCAGUGGAAAGCUCCGGAUUCCACGGCGCCCGUGCCCGCUGUUCCAAGCGAGACGCACUCGGAGCCCGACAGUGAGAAGACGGCGGCAGAGACUCCGAAAGCCUUGGAGGUGCCCCUGUCCGCCACACGCCCCGAGCUGCACCUGGACAUCGCCAGCCCUGAGGCUGCCAGGGCCCUCCUGGACUUGGUCUACGGCCUUGGCACAGAGUACAACAUCAGCUCCGAUGCCGCCAAUGAAGACGUGCUGCGGUUGGCAACGCAACUGGAUGUUCCCUGCCUACAGGAAUCGGCCACAAGAUACUUGGGUCAGAACUUGACCUGCCAAAAUGCAGUCUCCCGCCUCCAAACGUGCAAAGAGUUUGGCCUCCAAGAAAUGUACGCCGCAAUUGAGGAGGAGGUGGUUUGCAGCAGGGAUGCGCUGCAGCGCAUCGCAGCUGCCGAAGAGGUCAUAAAGUUCCCUGAGAUCCUGCAGGGAUUGCUCGUGCGAUCCGCCGAAGUGCACGUUCCCAUCCCAAACGUCAAAGAGGGCAAAGAGGGAAAGCGAAAGCGCGCCGUCGAGCCAAAGACAGGCCGACCAGAAAAGAUGUCAAAGGCCCCGUCUGGUCGCGCAGUCGCAGGCGGAGGUGCCUGA